AACACACACGGAUUUUGGUUAACAGAAGUAGUUAUUUUUUCUUUAUUUCAAUAGGGCAAAGAUUAGCAGCAUUUAUCGACUUUAACAAAAAAAAUUCCUAGCGUUUUUUACUUAAUACAUAAAGAAUUGUUAUGUCGGAAUCAACAAGUAAUAAAUGUAAUGUUGAAGAACGUGGAUCAAAUAAUACUAAUCCUUCACAGUCAGAUCAACUUGCUUUCACUUCUAGUCAAGUUACUCUAAAAGCAUUUGAUAGCAUUGAUUCUGGUGACGUAUCGACUGAUGACCUGCCUAAACUUUGUUCACCUGGGUCUCGUUUAGUACCAGCUGGAAGCCUGACUAACAGUGAUAGUACUUCAAGCUAUAAAAGUCGAGAGAAACGUCGUUCUAGUGUCCUAAUUGACAAACGAGCCUAUCAUCAAAAUCAACAUCCCUCUUUGUCUUCAAUUUCAUCCGGUCAAGAUGACUGUGAGUAUUUAUUUUUAUAUUACUCCUUUAUUCUGCAAUUUUAAAAUGUAGGCACAACUCUCCGUUUACGUUCACAAAAGGGAGUUCUCUAAUUGAAAUGAUACUUUUUAUGAAGCGCUUUCUUUUACUUCGGAUCCCACUACAAGAAUUAAUUAAUUUUCCAUUACUGAUACACGUCUUUUAACUAGCAUUUCAAAUUCUUAUAAGAUUAGGAC